AUGGGUCGGCAGUCUGGGUCAGGGACUGAAACUAUGGGUCGGCAGUCUGGGUCAGGGACUGGAGCUAUGGGUCGGCAGUCUGGGUCAGGGACUGAAACUAUGGGUCGGCAGUCUGGGUCAGGGACUGAAACUAUGGGUCGGCAGUCUGGGUCAGGGACUGGAUCUAUGGGUCGGCAGGUUGGGUCAGGGACUGGAGCUAUGGGUCAGCAGGUUGGGUCAGGGACUGGAGCUAUGGGUCGGCAGGUUGGGUCAGGGACUGGAGCUAUGGGUCGGCAGUCUGGGUCAGGGACUGGAGCUAUGGGUCGGCAGUCUGGGUCAGGACUGGAUCUAUGGGUCGGCAGUCUGGGUCAAGGACUGGAGCUAUGG